GGCAAGCACCCGACAAACGAACAUCGUUCGUUUAGUCACUUGGUUUAGAACUUGCAGCAUAUUGAUAAUGGGACGUAUUUUGACCUGGUUUUCUACAGAAUAAAACAGCAUUUUUGAAAAUGAAGUGAAAUUUAACAAGUUGGAAGCCUGUUACAAUAUAAAGUGAUGAAUGUUGUUAAUCGAUAUGUAAAUGUUUACGGGAAAAAAGUUUAUAAAAUGAAUUGCUUAUGUAUUUCGUAUUAGAUCAUAGUCAUUUUAAGCGUAAGAAAAAAAAGGUGUGUAACAAUGCGGUGUUAGUGUUCUAGUAUUAAAAAAGUGUAUGAGUUGAUGCAUUGGACAACACUAGUUGAGUGAUUAGAUUAUACGUGAUUUCGUAAUAUCGAAAAUUCACUUGCAAUUUACCGUGAGUGCUUAUCGUCCUCUAUUGAGUAUAUAAGUAUAUAACGUAGCACCCUUUACACGAUGAUUUUUGUCGUGCUUUUGUUUUGUUUGCCGCUAGAAGCCCAAGACUAGCUACGUUUGAAAAAAUAAGGGGACGUCAAUGGUAGCGACCCUCAGUUUGUGCUUCAAUACAUUAUAUAGGCUCAUAGGUAUAAACGUCGGGUGAAUAGUGUUCUUCCUGUUGUCGAUGCUUGUCCCGUUGACGUGAGCGAGCAGGAGAGACUAGGUGGUAAAAAGUGAAUAUGAAGAGAGGCGGUAGCGAAAUAUCGCCCCGUAGAAAUUUAUAUCUAGAAGAGAUCGAGGACGAACGCCACACGCGAAGCGCAGAAGCAUGAAAACAAAACAUCUGCCGUAGAAGUGUAAUUAAACAAGGAAUAUAUAUUAUCCAUAUGUGAGUUGUAUUGAAACCACUAGGGUUGUCAAUGUUUUUUCACGAAGAAAAUAAUUUGAAAUAGCUUGAAGUAAUAGUAAAAUUCGCUAUACUGGUGUAAAACUAAAUGAAAGUAUCCCUAAUUUUGAGAUAUUUGUGUUACUUUGCACCAUCAGGACGGCCGAGAACGGCUGGAAAAAAGUGGCAAAAGACGCACCGUGUCAUGAAUGAUGAUUAGUGCUGAAGUGUUGGCGCACCCGUAGAGAAAACUACGGGAGAAGUGAGGCUAUUCCUAUAUAUAGGAAAUAUUGACAGGAAGUUCUCAAAUAAGCUUUCGUGUAUGUUUUUUUAAAUAUAUACAUGCAAGACGAGAACCGGACGGAAUGAAGUGCGUAGUGGAAUCAAUUUAGAAGCAGUCCAAAGCAUGUGGGGUGAAUAAAGUGUGCUAAACCUUAAGCGCAGAUCACUAGGCGCCGCGGAGAGGCAAAGGGACGUGAAGCAGAUCCUGCCAGCUGAAAGUUGGUUGUAUGCUAUCUGACGAGUCGAGUGAGGGAUAAGUUAUGGAAUCUUCGGACGAUGAUCUUUCGGAGCAUUCGCAAGGCGACAAGUCUAGCAAGACUCGUUGGACCAAACACGAGGAUGCCGCCUUGAAGUCAUUGGUGGAGCAGUACGGUGAACGAUGGGAUGUGAUCGCCAAAUUUUUGAAAGAUCGCACAGACAUACAAUGUCAGCAGCGCUGGACCAAAGUAGUUAAUCCUGACCUCAUCAAAGGACCGUGGACGAAAGAGGAGGACGAUAAAGUGGUGGAAUUAGUCACCAAAUAUGGUCCAAAAAAAUGGACACUCAUAGCACGUCAUCUCCGUGGCCGAAUUGGCAAACAGUGCCGCGAGCGGUGGCACAACCACCUUAAUCCUAACAUUAAGAAAACCGCUUGGACCGAUGAGGAGGACAAUAUAAUAUAUCAGGCACACCUGCAGUGGGGAAACCAAUGGGCAAAAAUUGCUAAGCUACUGCCUGGUCGAACGGACAAUGCUAUCAAAAAUCACUGGAACUCAACAAUGCGACGAAAGUAUGAAGGACCCGACGCAACACGGCGUAAACCAAAAUCCCAGAGCCAGCAACACCUGUCCGGAACGGGGCCUGUUCAAAUUGGUUCACAACAAUCACAAACAAGCCAGACUAGCUUACGGAAUAUAAUAUGCAAUAAUCGGAAAAAGGCGUCUGUCGAUAGCAUGAACGACGAAGACUCGCUUGAUAAAGAAAGUACAGCGGUCGCUGUUUCUACUGAGCAGGGCGAUUUUCUCAUUUCGCCUCUACCGAAUGCGACUAGCGAGAAACAGUUUGUCAUCGCUCCGCUGUAUACGACAGGGAAGACCGCGUUUGUUAAUGCCAAAGUAGCUGUAAACAAUAACACCAUCAUCAAUAACGGUGGAUGUCCCGGAACCAAUAGCAAUAACAACGACCAGCCGUACACACCUACCAGUGUAGAUUUCAGUGAUUUGCUUAGUGGGAGCGAUGGAGAUGGAAGCGAUCGGAAAUUUAAGAUCAACACACCGAGCAUUCUGCGAAGAAAGCGAAAAUUUCGGGAUGAUAAUGAAAUGAACGACCUGCAGCACCAGAUUUUGCUCGCUCACCAGCAACAACGACACCUGCAACUUCUGCAGGUGACAUCUGCAGCGAGUCAGUCGCUUCCUAGCGUAUCGCAUCAUUCAUCUCAGUCUCAGACGACGCAACAACAAAAUCAGGAACAGUCUGAAAGGCAUCUGCUUUCGCCAACUGUCACACCCAUCAAACCACUUCCGUUUUCACCCAGUCAGUUUUUAAAUUCCCCCAGUUUAAAUGUUUCGUUUGAUCAGCUUCCGGCCAGCACACCUGUUAAGAAAAUCUUUUUCAAAAAUAACGACACUAGUCUCUUGAGUACUCCUGUUCCAAUUAAAGACAAUCAAUCUUUGAAAAAAGAAGUAACCGAUGAUGACGUUAAAAAUCCUAUCAAAACGCCUCUAAAAGAUUCAAAAUCGACGGAGCCACGUACCCCAACGCCCUUCAAAAAUGCGAUGGCAGAGCUGGGCAAGCGACGCUCAGCAGUCUAUAUACCACCCAGUCCUGCACGACUUGGUGAGGACAUUGCUGAAAUCAUGAGUAAUGAACAGGCUAAAGAAACUGACAGUGCAAGAUCUAGCAAAGCAGCUAGUGUAAAUGGAAACGUCGUUGGUCGUUCGCAUCUAGAGUCUAAAGAAAACGCUAUACCACCCGUACCUCAAUCACCGCGAGCAAAAAAGGCGGCAUUUACACAGAACUGGGAGAACUCCGAUAUGAGCUUUUUUGCUGAGACGCCGAGCAAAUCGCUGAUAUCGGACUCUGGCGUUAUAUUUUCACCACCCAGCAUACUUCGCGAGACACUUAGUGAUUCGGACCUUCUACUGGAAGGAGGAGGAGGUAUUUUGGAACCUUCGAACGCGCAAAUAGUUCAGGUUAAACCGACUGAACCGAUCGAGAUUCUGGAUCCAAAGUGGGAAAAGCUCGCCUGCGGUAAAACCCGUGACCAGCUUUUCAUGACCCAACAAGCGCAUAGCUGUCUGAAGAAAACAUCCCUGCAGCCACGUUCGCUGAAUUUUUACAAAUAGGACAAGCCACUGCUGCUGAACCGUUCUAAUGUGUUUACGAGUGUCCUGAGUGUUUUCUAGUUUAGAUAGAAUGUAUACAAUAAGAAAUAAGCUUCAAUUGUGUUUGGUUACUAAAGUUUAUUCCGAGCAAAGUUUAGUGUUUGAAGCAUGAGGACCUGUUUCCAAAACGUAAAACCACAAACUUUACAACAAAAGUUUUAUCGAUAAGACAACUUCAAAUAUGUUAAAUUUAGUCUUCUUUGAAAAUUUAUGAUUCCAUAGCUUUAGCAGAUCAAUAUAGGGUAUUGGCACCAUAACAAACUAAAAGCACUAUUUUCCUUAAUUUACAAGAUGGUUAACCGUAACAGAAAGAUCGCUAACAAGUUAGAAAUACAGUUAGGCUAGAUAUUUCACUGUGACGUUUGUGAGGAUGUUUUUAUACAGCAUUUUGCAUCUUGCAAAUUCAUUGAAGCAGAAGCCUCAAAAAUACAACGCAUAUUUAUUUUUGUACCAGUCCCUGGCAAAUUUUAUUGACGACUAUUUGUCCGUUUGUAAAAAAAUAUAAACCCAUCAUAUUUAUAGAAGAGAUAUAUAACAAUAAAUUAUCACUGUUUAUGAUAUAAAA